UGCAGUUACCCAGCUUUUAAGUGUUUACUUAAUUGCAAACAUAAUUAAAACUUUCAAUUCCUUCAGGAAUCCUUAUGAAGAAAAAUACAGAUUAAUUCGGAUUGGAAAUCCAGCAUUUUCCACGAGGCUGCUGCCUGUCAGAGGAGCAGUUGAAUGUUUAUUUGAGAUGGGGUUUCAAGAGGGAGAAACUCACCUGGUCUUCCCUAAGGAAGCUUCGAUUGAGCAGCUACGUAAAAUAAGAGACUUAAUUGCUGGAGAAAGGAGUAGCAGAUUGAAUGAGUCAAAUCAAAUCCACAGAUCGGGAUCCUCCGAAACUGUGACCAGCACUCGGACAGUUGCGCAUCAGCCUUCAAGACCUGCUGAUUCUGUUCUUGCCCCUGCCCAUCAGCAACCAGAAACAUCACUUGUGCGAUCUCUUGAAAUGGCUGCAAAUAUCUUGAAAACACUUCAAACAAAAUUUGAGCAUCUUGUAUUGAUGUAUGAGAAUCCUUCUAUUCAGCAGAAAGCACUAGCAUCAAUUCCCCUCCAGCAAUUGAAAGGGAAGGCUCAGAAAAAGCUAGCACAAGCUACAAGACUGGACAAAGGUGCACAUGUGAAUGAAGAGGACUUCUUAUUGUUGGAGCUCUUGGACUGGUUUAAGAGUGACUUUUUUCAUUGGGUAAAUAGUCUUCCUUGCAGCAGGUGUGGUGGGCAGACAGAGCCUAAAAGUGACUACCUGUUGCCUACUGAUGAUGAUCUAAGGUGGAAUGUCAGUCGAGUGGAAAAUCAUUACUGCAGUCAGUGUCAAUUGUGUAAUAGAUUCCCAAGGUAUAACAACCCUGAAAAACUCCUGGAAACCAGAUGUGGACGCUGUGGCGAGUGGGCUAACUGUUUUACACUGUGUUGCAGAGCUGUAGGGUUUGAAGCUAGAUACGUCUGGGACUGUACAGAUCAUGUGUGGACUGAGGUAUAUUCUUCAUCUCAGAAGAGAUGGCUUCACUGUGAUCCCUGUGAAAAUGUCUGUGAUAAACCUCUUCUCUAUGAAACUGGGUGGGGAAAGAAGCUUUCCUACAUAAUUGCAUUCUCCAAAGAUGAGGUUGUUGAUGUCACCUGGAGAUACAGCUGUAAACAUGAAGAAGUACUCUCUAGAAGGACAGCCCUCAGUGAAGCUACACUACGUGAAACAAUUAAUGCACUAAAUAGAACGAGACAACGAUCUUUGUCAGAAAAUAGAAAAAGAGAGCUCUUGGAAAGAACAAUUGUGGAACUUGUUGAAUUUAUUUCUCCCAAAACACCUAGACCUGGAGAAUAUGGUGGAAGGACUUCAGGUUCAAUGGCUUGGCGAGUAGCCAGAGGUGAAAUUGGUCCAGAGAAAAGAAAAGAAGUACUCUUUAUUCCCUCUGAAAAAGAGAAGACAUCUAAACUCUUCCACCUCAUCUACAAUAUAGUAGAAGAUAGUUAUACACGGAUUUCCAACAAUAAUGAAAAAAUAAGUGGCUGGGAAACAGGUGUUUGGAAAGCAGAGUCUAUUUGGAGGAAGGUUGAAACAGAUUGGAAAAUGGUUUAUUUAGCCCGAAAAGAGGGGUCAUCCUCUGCUUCCAUCAGCUGGAAGUUUGAGUGCAAGUCAGUCGGUCUAAAAAUAGAUAACAUUUCAGUUAAGACAAGCAGUCAGACAUUUCAAAGUGGAAGAAUAAAGUGGAGACUUUGCUCUCCAACAGCAGAAAUUGCUCUGAUAGGAGAUAAAAAUCUUUGCUCCUAUUCAGAUUUUUCUGGUGCAACAGAAGUUACGUUGGAAGCAACUCUAAGUGGAGGGGAUGGUGAAGCUGCAUGGCAACACACACAGCUAUUUAGAGAGAGCUUAACAGGAUGUGGAGAAAAUUGCUUGGAGAUAAUAAUAAAACUCGGUGACCUCUGA